AUGUCAUUCUUUCUUUGUUUCUUUUUCUUGAUUGUUCUUGACUUUUCCCUUUUUUUUUUAUCCUUCUUUCUCCCCUUUUCUCCCCUACUUUUCUCUCUUUCUUUUUUGAUUUCUUUCUUUUUCUUCUUUUUCUUUUCUUUUUGUCUUUCCUAUCGCUUUUGUUCUUUCUUCUUUUGGUCUUUCUUAUCGAUCUUUCUACUUUUCUUUUUUUUAUUUCUUUCUCUUUCUUUCUUUCUUUCUUUCUUUCUUUUUAUUUCAUUCUUUUUCUUCUUUUUACUUUCUUUUCGUUCUUUUCUAUUUCUUUCUUUCUUCCUUUUUAUUUAUUUCUCUUUCAUUUCCUUUCUUUCUUUUUCUUUUUUUCAUUCUUUUUACUUUUCUAUUUAUUUCUUCCUCCCUUUUUCUCUUCUUUCUUCUUUCUCUUUCUUUUUUCCUCUUUUUUCUUUCUUCUUUGUCUUUUCUUUCUUUUUUCUUCCGUUCGUUUUUUUUCUUUCUUUUUUCUUCCUACUCUUUUUUCCAUUUUAUCUCAGUUUUCCUUCUUCCUCAUUUUCUUUGUCAUCUCUCUCUCUCUCUCUCUCUCUCUCUUUGUGUCUCUCGUGUUGUCUUUUCAUCUAUCGCUUUCUAUUUUUUCUAUUACAGUGUUUUCUUUUCUCUCUUCGUAUCCCUCUUUCUCUCUCUCACUCUAUCUCUCUCUUUCUUACUCUCUCUCUUACUCUAUCUCUCUCUUAUUCUGUCUUACUCUUACUUUAUCUCUUAUUCUCUCUCUUACUCUCUCUAUUACUCUCUCACUUAUUUUCUCUCUCUUACUCUCUCUCUAUUACUCUUACUUUCUCUCUCUUAUUCUCUCUCUUUUACUCUCUCUCGCUUACUCUUACUUUCUCUCUUAUUCUCUCUCUCUCAUACCGUCUCUCUUUCUCUCUCUUAUUCUCUCUCUUACUCUUUUUUAUUCACUCUCUCUUACUCUCUCUGUCGUAUUCUCUCUUUCUCUUACUUUUUCUCUCUCUUAUUCUUUCUCUCUCACCCUCUCUCUCUUACUCUCUCUCUCUCUCUCUCUCACUCACAACCCUUCCAUCUCUCUGUUAUAGUUUACAAACUGUCUCCCUCUGUUAUGCUCUCAACACCUCCUGCCCAAUAAAACCACUGACUGAGACAGCUGCUACUGCAAUGAAACAUCGCAAUAUCUGCCUCCAGGAGAUUGGCUCGUUUCCAAAAUCUUGA